AUGAGACAUCAAAAUAAUUAUAUAUAAAACUUGCAUUAGGUAGCUGCAAGACUUAGUUCUAAAUAAUCAAAUUAAAAAUCUUUCUUAAAUGAAAGUUCCUAUAUGUUAACCUAAUAAAGCAAUUUAUCCCUCAAUUAAUCUUUUAACAGCCCAAAAUUUAUGUCUAAUUAACAAUCUUUUUUAAUAACAUAGCCUAUUAAUAUAAACAUGAGCAGUAGAAACACCAAAUAAAAUUAUAAAUGUUAUUCCCCAACAAUAAGAACAAAAACUGAAAAAUAUGAAAAUGAUGAUUAAAAGCAAUAAUAAUAAUUUAUUGAAGCGACAAUAAAAUUAUUAGCAUAAAGCGAAAAAUUAGAAAAAUUAAUAUCUUAAUAAAAUGAAAUUCUAUAAGUGGAAAGAAAAGAUAAAUAAGAAUUGGAAAUGACAAUCAAGAGAUUGACUUAAGAAAUACAGUUUCUAAAGGAGACUCAUAAAAAACAGGACUUUGUAUUAGAAAAUAAACUAAAAUAAAUCAAAGGAAAAUCAUAUCAUCUUCCAAAAAAACUUUUCAAAUGA